ACUCUUGCAAAGCAGUUGUGCUGCAUCAGAUUCUCUAUGUACAACAUGGAGUACUCACUGGAAUCUUUGGAGAAAGUUCUGAAGAGCAUGAGGAAGUAUUAUGGGAGUGGAAAAACAAAGGAAGCAUCAUGGAGAGAAUCACAGCUUAAAGGGUUGCAUAAUUUCCUCAUGGAAAGAGAGGAUGAAAUCUUCAAGGCCCUCAAGCAGGAUUUAGGGAAACAUCAAGUUGAGGCUUUUAGAGAUGAGAUUGGAACUUUAAUCAAGUCCUUGAAUUUGGCAACAAAGUCUCUCAAAAAAUGGAUGGAAGGCAAAGAGGCUAAACUGCCCAAAAUAGCACUACUCUCCAGUGCAGAAAUUGUUCCUGAGCCUCUUGGUCUUGUUCUCAUAAUCUCAUCAUGGAAUUUUCCUUUUGGACUGUCCUUGGAGCCACUGAUUGGAGCUGUAGCAGCUGGAAACAUUGUGGUUCUGAAGCCUUCAGAGAUUUCCCCUGCUUGUUCCACUCUUCUAGCCAAUGUCCUUCCAACUUACUUGGAUGGUAAUGCCAUUAAGGUCGUCCAUGGUGGACCAGAAGUGGGCGAGCAACUCCUCAAACAAAGAUGGGAUAAGAUAUUUUUCACAGGAAGUGCUCGGGUGGGGAGGAUUGUUAUGUCUGCAGCAGUGGAGCAUCUGACACCUGUGACUUUGGAAUUAGGUGGAAAAUGUCCAGCAUUAAUUGAUUCCCUUGCAGCUUCUUGGGACAGAGAGGUGGCUGUGAAGCGAAUUUUGGUGGCAAAAUAUGGGGCUUGUGCAGGACAAGCAUGCAUAUCAAUCGAUUAUAUCCUCGUAGAAAAGAGUUUCAGUUCUAUAUUGGUGGGAUUAAUGAAAGUAUGGAUCAAGAAAAUGUUUGGUGAAAACCCAAAAGCAUCCAACACAAUUGCAAGGAUUGUUAAUAAAGAACAUUUUUUGAGACUCAAGCAUCUUCUCACUGAUCCUGAGAUCAAAGAAUCAGUGGUUUUUGGUGGUUCAUUGGAUGAAGAUGACUUGUUUAUUGAGCCAACAAUACUAUUGGAUCCGCCACUUGAAUCAGCAAUCAUGUCAGAAGAAAUCUUUGGUCCCCUGCUUCCAAUCAUCACUGUAGAGAAGAUUGAAGACAGUAUUGAAUUCAUAUCAUCAAGGCCAAAACCUCUAGCAAUUUAUGCCUUUACAAAAAACAAAACUCUGCAGACAAGAUUGCUGUCUGAAACAUCAUCUGGAUCUAUUGUAUUCAAUGAUGCAAUUCUACAAUAUGCAGCUGAUACUCUCCCAUUUGGAGGAGUUGGUGAAUGUGGAUUUGGCAAGUACCACGGGAAGUUCUCCUUUGAUGCGUUCAGCCACCAUAAGGCUGUUGCAAGAAGAAGCUUCUACACUGAUUUUUGGUUCAGAUUUCCUCCAUGGAAUCUUAACAAGCUCCAACUACUGGAGGUAGCUUACAAUUUGGACUAUCUUGGAAUGCUUCUUGUCCUGCUCGGCUUAAAGAGAUCAAAACGCUCAUUAUUUCAGGCUUGUUGAUUGGUAAUAGUUUACUUCACUUAUUCUAGCAAGCCUUACCGGACAGAAUGUUAAUGACAUAUUAGGAACAUCCGCCAUAAGAGGACUGUCUCCUCUAUUACCCCAUUAUGGAGACUGGCAGAGAUCCACUCUAAAAGGAUUCAAACUCAUCCUUGGAGGGUGAGGCCAAGACCCGGGUCUCACCGGUAAGUGUGUCACCCAUAUUUGCAAUUUACGGAGUAUGAUGUAUUUAUAGGCUUAUCAUGAUAUUAAAGUGUGUGUACUUUUAUUUAAUUCUGCAUCUCAUAUUUGUCUAGUUAAUUAGUGAUGGGUACUGAGGCAAAGAUUUGAAAGAA